CGCGGAACUCAACACUAAACACUGAACACUGAAUACUAAACACAAGCCAACAUAAACACACGAGCGGAGAAGCAGACAGACGGACAUUAUAAGCGCUCAUAUCAUCACACAUGAUCGGUUAUAAACUCUGAUGAGGAUCGGGGAUGGACGCGACUGAUGCAGAUCGCCGUGCCCCCGCCAGUCAUCUCCUGCUGGACCAGUUGCCCAGUUAUCAGUCUCUCCUCUACCGGAGGAAGUCCAGCGCCAGCGGCAGUGCCAGGAGGAGGGGCAGUGGGCGUGGCAGACAGCCAUCUCUCAUCAGUGGAAAAUGGGCGGAGCAGAAGGUGGUUCACAGUGGGGAGGACCUCCGACCUGUGAGAGAGCUUCCCAAAAGCAUGGAGGAUAAACGGCAGGAGAAGGAGCAGCGUCUUCAGCAGGGUGGCGCUCUUACCGGCUGGGGUUUGUGGAGACUGAACGUCCAUCGAUCUCUGAAGCGUCUGAAGGAGGAUGGGAUGGAUGUCCUUUCCUCGUUCCAGCUCUGGAGAGCAGACAUUCACGUCAUCGAGGGGAUGUUUGGGACAGGAAUUCUCUCGUAUUUUUCAUUCCUGAGGUUUCUGGUCCUGCUGAACUUCAUCAUCUUUCUGCUGAUGUUUGUUUUUGUGAUGCUGCCAGUGAUUAUCACAUCACACACAUCAUUUAACAUCACCUACAGCAGCGCUGAUGUGAGCGAGUGCAGUUAUUAUCCAGUGACCUCUCGUCAGGGUUUGGUGGUUUUUCAUCAGCACAUCACAGAUUUGUUGUCAGGAACAGGGUUUCUGGAGCAGACCUAUCUCUUCUAUGGUUACUAUAAUCUGGAGUUCAUUCAUUCGGGCUUCACCUACAACCUGCCACUAGCGUACCUGCUCACCACCAUCUCAUAUCUUCUGUUGAGUCUCAUCUGGAUAGUUAAGAGGUCUGCGGCUGGUUUUAAACGCAAACUCGUACAAGACGAGGACCGUUUCCAGAGUUUCUGCAAUAAGGUUUUUGCCGGCUGGGACUUCUGCAUCACGAAUGAGAACGCAGCGCGCCUUAAACAAAGCAGUUUACUUUACGAGCUGAAGACGGAUCUAGAAGAGGAACGCAUCAAGCGUAAGAUGGCGAACCGCACGCGGGGUGAGAGAUGUCGCAUCUACAUGCUAAGAGCCGCUCUCAAUCUGUUCGUCGUGGCCGUUUUGAUCUCCUGCUUCUACUGCAUCUACAUCGCCACUGUAUUCUCACAGCGACAGCAGAAAAAGGAUCACAGUAACUUCAUGUUGGAGCUGAUCGUGGAGUAUUUGCCCUCCAUUGUCAUCACUCUGGCUAAUUUCAUAACCCCGCUGAUCUUCAGCCUCAUCAUCAGCUUUGAGGAUUACUCGCCUGCCUUUGAGAUUCGCUUCACAUUGAUGAGGUGUGUGUUCAUGCGACUGGCCAGCAUCGGUGUCCUGCUGUUCUCAUUGUGGACUCAAAUUACGUCAAAUUGUCCUGAUUGUCCCUGUGGCUACAACCAUAACAGUUACCCUUGCUGGGAGACUCAUGUGGGACAGGAAAUGUACAAGCUGGUGAUUUUUGACUUCUUGAUCAUCGCUGCCGUCACCAUCUUUGUUGAAUUUCCACGAAAAAUCAUUGUGAACUAUUGUGACUGUGGCUUGGCCAAGUGGUGGGGUCAGCAGGAAUUCGCCAUCCCUCAGAAUGUUCUGGAGAUAGUUUACGGUCAAACCAUCUGCUGGAUCGGCACGUUUUACUGUCCUUUACUUCCUGCCAUCAACACGGUUAAAUACUUCAUGGUUUUUUACCUCAAGAAGGUGUCACUGAUGAACAACUGUCGUCCUGCCACACGGCCAUUUCGAGCUUCUAGUUCCAACUUCUUCUUCCUGGUGGUGUUAUUAAUUGGUUUGGCUCUUGCGUGUGUUCCUGUAAUCGUCAGUAUCGCACAUAUCCACCCGUCACGGGCGUGCGGUCCGUUUGUGAACUACACCUCAUCAUGGGAGGUUGUUCCUCGUGUGAUUUCUCAUCUGCCUUACGGCCUGCACUCCUUCCUGUUGGCGCUCGCAUCAGAAGCCUGCGCGGUUUCUCUCUUCGUCAUUACCUGUCUGGGGAUGUUUUAUGUGAUAGCAUUGGCUGGAGCUCAUAAGCGUGUUAUCGAGCAGCUCAGGGAUCAGUUGGCUAUGGAGGGUCGUGAUAAGCGUUUCCUCAUUCAGAAGUUGUGUCAGGCCCAGCAGGAAUUAUUCGCUCGAUCUCCGGAGCAGAAGUCACUACAGAACCGCCGUGACCGCACUGGGCUGUUUUUCCUGGAGCCGUCAGCAGUGCUGGAGACGCAUGCGUGAGCGUCUCGAGUCAUCCGUUCUCUGUCACCCUCCGUGGACCCUAACGCUCUUACCGUUGUAAAUGACAUAAUCACACGUAAAGCUGCUCUGCAAUACACUAACACAAAACACUUUACCUGUUUACUACAUUUGCUCCUCAGUGUCUUAUUAUUGGGGUUUUGUGAGUUUGUGAAUUUUGUGUGGCAUUGUUGGUUUCGUUGAUUUUAUUCUCGUUUUGCCUGUUUGAAAAACAUAUUUGUUGCAACGAGAUCAGACCACCAACUGUGACUGAUUGACUGAUACUCUUGAACUUGCAAGUCUAACACUAUUUUCAGUAUGUAAACCAGUUUUGUUGACUUAAAUGCAUUAAUAUGUAGUCUAAAACAAGAAAUUCUUACCAAAACUUUCAUCAGAAUACCUGGCUUUAGUAUUUCUGGCUGUGUGUUUUUAUUUUAAAAUCUUAUUAAAUGCACUUUUAAAUGUGUUCCUAUCAGAAAAUGAGUGGCCAGUGUGUGUGCGCAGAAACAUCCUGUAAUUAUACAAAUCCAUCUAUUCUUCUUUGUGUCAAUCUCUUUUAAACAUUGAUUAAGCCCAACCCAUGACCGCUCACAGACUCCGCCUUAUGAGCACGUAGUUCAACCUUCUGCCAGAGACGCAUGUUUUGAUGUUGUCCAAAGCAGAUGUGACUUUACAUAUGAGGAGGGGAACAAAAGCUUUUUUGCAUUUAAAGAAACACACACAAAAGCAGCGCGUUUUUCAUUGCAGCCAUAAAUGGUCAUGUUUAACAUCAUAUAAUGAAAGAUCUGUGGUGUAUUUUGAGAUGAAACUUUACAGACACAUUCUAGGGAUACCAAAAACUAUUUUUAUAUUACUGAUCACACCUAGGAUAGGGGGCCUUUAAAGGCGCUCUAAGCGAAUUUGCGCAUUUUAGGCCAUAAAACAUUUUUUGUUUCAUACAGUAAACAUCUCCUCACUAUCUGCUAGCUGCCUGUCCCCUGAACACACUGUAAAAAACGCGGUCUCUGUAGACAGCCCAGGCUCCACAAACUGCAACAAAAACAAAGUGGUCAAACCUACCAACACGAAACAUACCAAACGUGUUCCAGCCAAAAUACACGACAAAAAGAAUUUGGGAGUGAGGGUUGGGCACGUUCAUGGCUCUUUCAGAAAGGGAGGGGGAGGAGGAGGAGUUGAUUAGGUUGACAACACUUCGAACGUCAACAAGAAGUGACGUCACAAAGAUUCGCUUAGAGCGCCUUUAAGUAAUUGAACCACACACACACAUUUUUUUUUUUAUGAUACUUUCUGGUUGUUUAGGGCUCUUUUUGUGAGAAAUAAAACAUUUGCAUCAAA